AUGGAAAAAGAAUUGGCUCAUAAAUUAGAUGUUAUACUUCAAAAAUUAAGUGAUGAUGUUCUAAAGAUAGAAUAAGACAAGUUAUAACAUGUAUUUCAUUCAGUGCAUACAAUAUCUUGGAUUGUAAUUUAAUCUAUUGUACCUUACAUCAGAGAAGAAUUUAGAGGUUAAACAAUAAAAGUUUUUUAAUUGAUAACUCAAUUAAUCAAAUGUUUAAAAGACAAUGAUUUUGAUGAAGUAACUAGAAAACUCUUUUAAUAAAGAGCUCAAAGAAGAAGAUCAUUAAGAUUAAUAAAUUGUUCUUUAUGUGAUCAUUAUCGUAAAUUGCCAUAAAUUUAGGAUACUAAAUAAGCAUACUAUAAAAAAUAUUUAGAAUAAUUAAAGAGAGAUGGACAUGAUUUGAAUUAGAAAAUGGAACAUAUAGUAUUAGAAAGAAAAAUAAGAAAAUUAUCAGAUGAUAAUGAAUAAUUUGUAUAUAAAACAUCAAAAGCAAGUUAAGUUGAUUUAGAUGAAUUAUUAAAUAAUAUAAAUGUGAAUGGAAAUGAUAAUUAAUCAUUAAAUAAGAUUGAAAAAUUUGAUGCAGAAAUCCAAACUGAAACUGCAUAAUAAAAAUUGUCACUUUAAGCAAUUUCUGAAUUAAGAAACCAUUUUGUAAAUUAUUUUUAUUUACAUUCUCAAUAUGAUAAUGUAAAGUAAAUAAUUGAAGAGGGAAUUAAGGCAUGUUAGAAAUAAUCUGAAAUAUUUUAGGAUGUUAAUUAAGAUACGCCAGCAUUAAAAGUGAAAUAUUUUGCAUAACAAUCUUUAUAAUAUGUAACCUAAGUGUUAGAAUAGAAAAUAACUUAAAUAGAAGUAACAAAAGAUUUUAAAUCAAAAGAUUUAAAAGAGAAUCUUCCUCCUUUAAGCGAUAUAAUAAAGUAAGUAGAAUUAUAGGAACAUAAGAGAAAAGCAAUAGAAGCAGGAAUUAUAGAAUAUGAUCCAGAAUUUGAUCCAGAAUUAUUAUAAAAUAAGAGAAUAGAAUUUAGAGUAAAAGAGAUUAAUGGUUAAUAAGUAAUAGAAGAAGUAGUAGUAGAUGUAGAAAGUGGAGAGAUAGUGAAAAGUAGAGCAAGAUAAAGUGAUCCUCAAUAAGAAAUAAUGUUAGAAUAAGAAGAGUUGAUUAAAUAAAUAAAAUCAAAAGAAUAAACAUUAGAUGAAAAUGAAUGGAUUGUAGCUAAGUAUGGAAAUUAGAAAGUAAAGAUUGUUUAAAAAUCAGAUGAUGUUACUUAAUAUGAAGUUAAUACUGCAUAAGUAAAAAAGAUUGUUAGAGUAAAAUCUGUUGAAGGUAAUAAAUAAUUAGAAGAAGAGUGGAUAGCUUAAUAGGCAGAUGGAAAACAUUAAUAUAAAGUUUAUUAAUAGAAUGGAUAAUUGUUAUAUGAAGAUAAGGGAGAAAAGGGAGGAAUCAGAUUAUCAGCUAAAAGAUUAGAUCAUAAAGAAUCAAUUAUAGAAGAAAGAACUAAUGAAAAUGGAAGUGUUAUGAGAAUAUUAGAAAAAUAAAAAUAUGGUUAAGAUACAUUAAAAAUUAUUAAAAGAAAUAGUUAACAUGAAAUUGUAGAAUCUAUUACAAAAUAAGUAUUAAAGGAUGAUAAUGGAGAUAUGUAUUAACAUGAAGAAGAAGUUAAAUAAGGAGGACUUAAAAUUAUGAGGAAAAUAUAUAUAAAUGGAGAUGAUUAAACUAAAAAAAUUGAUGAAAUUACUAUCCAUCCUAAUGGAAGAAGAUCUAGUAUUGUUAUGAAAUAGUAUAAAGAUAAAACAGAAGCUGUAUUUAAUGAUGAAUUUGGAGAUGAAAUAUAAGUUACCAAAUAUACUUAUAUUAAUGAAAAAGGUUUAUAAGUAGAAUGUUAAAGAAAAAUGAAUAUGAGAACUAAAGAAGUUUAAAUGUAAAAGACUUUUAAAAAUGAAGAUGGAAAAUAAACUAUUGAAACUACUAUCACCUAAGAUGGAUUAGAAAUUGGAAAAUAAAUUAUUAUAUAAUUAGGACCUAAUGAAAGAAUUGAAAGAAUUACUAAAAAUGGUAAAACUACUGAAUAAAAAGUUAUUAUUGAUGAAAAUGGUUAAGAAUCUAUUCAUAUGGUUGAUCAUGAAAAUAAUAUGAAAAUUUAAACUACUAAUUUUACUAAAAAUUCUGUUGAAUAUUAAUAAUAAACAAUUAAUCUAUCUAAUGGAGCUAAAAGACAUAUUCAUUAGAGAUCUUAUUUUGAUGAUAAUAAUGAAAAAAUUGUAGAAGAAGAUCGAGUUGAUGAAUUUGGUUAAAGAAUUUUAAUCAAAAAAAGAAUUAAUGCACUUGGAGAAGAAAUUAUUUAAGAAUUUGAAGUUAUUGAAAAUGAUGGAUUUAAUCCUGAAUUAAAAUAAAUUCGAUAAUCAUAAAAAAGAUUACCUAAACCAGAUCUAUAAUCUGUAAUUGUUAUUGAUAUUGGUAUUCAAACGGAAGGUUAAAUACCAUUAUUCACUUAAACACAAGAAUAAUUCUAAUAAAAAAAAUAAAAUACUUAAAUUAUUAUUGAUAAACCUGAUUAUAAUGAAUUAGACAAAGAAGCAUUUAAAAAACUUUAAUAAGGAAAAGCCAAAAAUGAUCCAUAAUUUUAAGAAGCUGUUAAUCAAAUCAAAAAAUUCUUUAAUAAAGCAGAUAGUGAUGAAUUAAAAUAAGAAGAAUUUAAUGAAUACUUAUCUAAAUUGAGAUAAAAUCAUUAAAGAUAAUGUGGUGAAUAAUGCUCUCAUUUAUUAAGAUUUUAUGCUAAAUUAGGUUUCUUGAUUCAAAAAUCAGCUUUGAAUAGAUAAGUUUAUAAAUUACAAAAAGUCCAAUUAUAAGCUAAAGAAUCACUUUGA